CGCGCGAGGCACACACGGGACAUCGAUACGGGUUCCACCUCUAGUUGUGGUGUAUCUUUCUAUGAUUUUUUCUCCCCGAUUUCGAGUGAACACCGAAAGCACUAACGACCAACAGGCAACGCCAAACAGUUGCCCAUAUCAUGGACUACUCCAGCCUGCCCCCAGAAGUCCACCAGAAGCUCGCAGAUCUCGAACUUGAACUCGAAGAAGGCGAUAUCACACAGAAAGGCUACGAAAAGAGGAAAGCAAAGCUACUAGAGCCAUACCAAUCUGGCGGCGGCAACAGUUUUCACUCGGAAUCAGGUUUGUUGAGUCCGGAAGCGAGGAAUGUGCGAGCUGUUUCACCUGCACCGAAUUUUCAACAAGAACUCGCGCGUACAGCGUCCGCACGAGCGCAACAUGUGAAGGAUGCUCUGCGUCGGCAUCAGCCGGACUCGGUUGAAAUGCCGAUGCCGUCGAAGAGGACGUCAUUUUUGAAGUUGCCUUUGAAAGACGAGCGCGUCCAGCAACGUCCGAUCGCUCAAGAUCAACAGUAUCGCCAGCAGCAGCAGCAGGCUGUGCCGCCUGCAAUACAGCAGAUCAAACAAACUCAUGUACAGCAACAACAUGCUCUUAGUCCUCGGCAGGUUACACCGGAUCAUCAACUAAAGAGCUCACCUAAGCUUCCUCGUGCUCGUCUUGCUCAAGAACAAGCUUUAUCUCCUGAAUCAAAUAUCACUGCCAGUCCGAAGAUGGGAAGGUCGUUGGCAUCGGUUCGAGUUAAGUCGAAGAGUGAAGAAGAGCAGGCAACACAAGGCAAAGUGUCUGCAAAGAUUCAGCAGCUGCUCAACACUUUGAGACGACCAAAGAAGAAGAAGAACAAAGAAGAUUACUACACUGAUGACGCAUUAGAACCCAUUCAAGAACAUCCAAACGCACCAAAGCCUGUAGGUCCCAUCGCUGAACCAGCAGCCGGAGAGGCACUGCAGGUUGAUAGCAACUUACCUCGUAAUCUGGAAGCUGCAAUUGCAAGGCAAGGAUCAGUUAGUCACAAAGCUCCGUGUAUCAGUACAGUUGAUAUGCAUGGGAAACCGCAAGUUUCUAUUACGUAUGGAAAACUCAACACACGCUCACAGAAAAUAUGCUACUCGCUACUAAACAAGCUCGGAACAAAGAACGAGGCAGCCGUCAAGCAAGGCAAUCGUGUCGCUCUGAUCUACAGCUCUCAGGAUCCAGCUGGACUGUGUGCUGGAUUCUUUGGCUGUGUGUUUGCCGGCGUCGUCCCGGUUGCUAUUGAACCACCGACGUCGAAGGAUGAUGCGAAUCUACAGCAAAUUGGUUUUCUAUUGGGCAGUCUUGGUAUUACCGUCGCGCUCACAAGUGAGGUGACGAUGAAGCAGCUGCCGAAAGACGAGAAAGAUCAUGUGAUUCAGUUUAGAGGCUGGCCCAAGUUGACUUGGUUUGUAACUGAGCAUCUUUCUCGCCCCACAAAGGAUUGGUCUCCUCCACCAAGACCACCUGCAGAAACCCCAGCUUAUAUAGAGUAUGUUGAAGACAAGGAUGGGUCUAUGAUGGGUGUGACUGUAAGUCGAGCGAGUCUUCUCUGUCACUGUAAGACGUUAUAUGCAGCGUGUCAUUACAAGGAAGGAGACACUUUGGUGUGUGCUGUUGAUUGUCAUGGCGACGUUGGAUUCUGGCAUGGCAUAUUGACAGGAGUGUAUGCUGGAAUGCACAUCGUCUUCGUCCCACCUAAUGUUCUCACAAGUCACCCAGUCUCGUGGGUUCAUGUGGUUACAAAAUUUAAGGCAACUACUGCUGUGGUGAACUCACGUGCUUUGAUACUUGCUGCUGGACGACCUGGCAAAGAGUAUAAAGAUGACAAUUUUUCAACUCUCAGGAUGUUACUAGUUGCUGACGGAUCAAGUCCAUGGUCUCUGCAUGCUUGUGACACGUUUUUGGAGGUUUUCAAAGCAAAAGGACUCGUAAAAGAGAUUGUUUGUCCAUGUGCAUCAUCUGUUGAGACUCUGACUAUCGGUUUACGAAGACCUGGUCUGCCUGGCUCAACAGCAACUGGUCGUGGCAUCAUGUCGAUCACAGGACUCAGUUAUGGAGUCGUUCGAGUAGAAGAGGAGAACUCGAUGUCGUCUCUGACUUUACAAGACUGUGGCACAGUACUUCCAGGAGCAAAAGUUGCCAUAGUGAAGCUGGAAGGUCCUCCCUAUUUGUGCCAAACGGACGAAGUCGGUGAGCUCUGCGUGAGUUCACAAUACACGGGAACAAGCUAUUGGGGUCUGGCUGGAAAGUCAACGAACGUGUUCAAGGUUCAACCGCUGGCUUCAAAUGGUCAGCCGCAUUCGAUGAGUUUGUAUGUUCGAACGGGAUUGCUUGGAUUUCUUGGACCGGGAGGUCUUAUUUUCAUUUGUGGUCGUUUGGAUGGUCUGAUGAAAGUCCAAGGUCGUCGGCACAAUACGGACGACCUCAUUGCAACCGUUCUCGCCGUUGAACCUCACAAAUUUGUAUACAGACAGAGGAUUGCCGUGUUUUCUGUCACCGUGUUGCGCGACGAACGAGUGGUUAUUGUAGCCGAACAAAGACCCGGCUGCUCAGAGGAUGAGGCGUUUCAGUGGAUGAGUAAUGUACUACCGGCUGUUGAAACGAUACAUAAUAUUCAUGUGUAUGCGCUUGUUCUCAUGAUGCCCAACUCGAUGCCAAUGACACAUCGCAAUAUUCCGAAUGUACUUGACUGCAAGCAGCGGUUUAUUGAUGGCUCGCUGCAUCCGGUUAAUCUCCUCAUGUCGCCACAUCAAGCAAUUACAAACCUCCCACAGCCAAGACAACGUGAUAAUGUUAGUGGUGCUGCUCAUUUGAUUGGGGACAUUGUGACGGGUGUGAAGCCUGCAUUGGCUGAAGGGAGGCCAAUGGAACCGAUGGCUGACGACAGAGAUGGUGCAGGAAGAUAUCAGUUUUUGUCUGAAGUGCUUCGUUGGCGAGCACAAACGACUCCAGAUCACGUACUCUUUACGUUACUGAAUGAAAAGGGUGCUGUAGCACGAACUAUGACCUGCGUGCAGUUGAUGAAGAAAGCAGAGAGAAUUGGAGCUGCUUGCAUAGAGAGAGCAAACCUGAGCUCAGGAGACCACGUAACUCUUCUUUAUCCUCCAGGUGUUGAGCUUGUUGUUGCUUUCUAUGGCUGCCUUCUUGUCGGUCUCGUUCCCGUUCCCGUGCGACCUCUAUCUCCAUUGAACAUCGCAACGACAUUACCAACAGUCAAAAUGAUCGUCGAAGUCAGCAAGUCAGUUGCCAUUCUAACACUUCAACGUAUCACCAAACUGUUAAGGACAAAAGAGGCUACCAGCACACUUGACGUGAAGUCUCUCCCACCUAUUCUUGAGACGGACGAUCCACAGAAGAGGAAGCUUGACAAGUUUUAUCGUGCACCAACACCAGAGAUGAUUGCAUACUUGGAUUUCAGUGUUUCAACCACCGGUGUGCUCUCAGGAGUCAAAAUGUCUCAUACUUCUUCUGCCAGUCUAUGUCGGGCAUUGAAGAUGACCAGUGAACUGUAUCCAAGCAGGACAGUGUGCCUAUGCUUGGAACCAUACAGCGGUCUGGGGUUUGGUUUAUGGUGUCUUUCCAGCAUAUAUGCUGGACAUCACAGCAUCUUGAUCCCUCCAGCAGAACUGGAGAUCAAUCCGACUCUGUGGCUUAGUGCAGUGAGCCAAAACAAAGUACGAGACACAUUUUGUUCGUAUUCUGUCAUGAAUUUGUGCACACAAGAACUGGGAGGGCAAACAGGUUCACUUCAGAGCAAAGGUAUCAAUCUCGCAUGUGUGAGGACAUGCGUCGUAGUCGCUGAAGAACGACCACGCAUCAUCCUCACAUCCGCGUUCACCGCCCUCUUUGCUCCUCUCGGUCUAUCCAGCCGAGCAGUCAGCACAUCCUUUGGCUGUAGAGUCAACAUCGCUCUUUGUUCGCAGGGUUCAUCACAACCAGAGUCAUCCAUUGCGUAUGUUGACACACGAGCGUUACGAGUUGACAGAGUUUCACUUGUUGAGAAAGGCGCACCACACAGUGUUGGUCUCUUGGAGUGUGCAAAGAUGCUGCCCGGCGUCAGCGUGGCUAUUGUCAAUCCGGAUUCUCAAGCUUUGUGCCAUAGCACGGAACUAGGAGAGAUUUGGGUAUCAAGUCCUCACAACGGCAGUGGAUACUACGGUCUCUCUGCUGAUAUCAAUGAUGCCCUCACAAAAGAUCACUUUGCUGCACGUCUUUCCGACGGCUCUGUGUACGCACGGACUGGAUAUCUUGGCUUUAUUAAACACAGUGACAAGCCGGCAGCCGAUGGAAGUUCUAGUGACUCGCUUUACGUUGUUGGCUCGCUGGAUGAGGCGAUUACGAUGCGUUCGAUGCGUUAUUAUCCGAUUGAUAUCGAGACAAGUGUUGUGAGAUCCCAUAAGGCGAUAUGUGGAUGUGCUGUAUUCACAUGGAGCAAGCUGCUCGUCGUUGUAGUCGAAUUCUGCGGCGAGGAAACAGAAGCCCUAGACGUCGUUCCCGUCAUCACAUCAACAGUACUAGAAGAACACCAGCUGAUCGUCGGUAUUGUCGUUGUCGUUGAUCCGGGCACCAUUCCAAUCAACUCUCGUGGCGAACGCCAACGCAUGCAUCUUCGGGACGGAUUUCUGGCCGAUGAACUUGACCCAAUUUAUGUCGCAUACAACAUGUGAACUGGACACAUUAUAAGUUUACUCACUCUCUGUCUUUCUCUCUAUUGUUGGGAAGUCGACGGGUACAUGCGGUACAUGAAUGGAGAUUUGAUUUUUGUUGGUUGGUAUCUAGGGAUGGACGUUGCAUUUGACUGGCGAGUGAUGCGACGAGGUAUUUACGAUGGUGUGGACAAUUGACUGUAUGAUUGUAGUGUACGUACUACAUGAAAUGUGAGGGACAACGAUUCUCUUUCA